CAGGGUAAUGGCGGCGCGGCGGCGCCGGCAGUGAGGGUGAGACAGAGACAGAGACAGAUAGAGAGCCCCGGAGAAUCGAGCCGCCGCCCGCCCGCCCCUCACCACCGGCCUCGGCAUGUCGGCCACUGCGCGCCGCAAGCAGGAGGAGAAGCACCUGAAGCUGGUGCGGGAGCUGGGAUCCCGGCCCCACAACCGGCAAUGCUUCGAGUGCGAGCAGCGGGGCCCGACUUACAUCGACAUCACCGUCGGCAGUUUCGUCUGUACCUCCUGCUCCGGUAUCCUGAGAGGCCUCAAUCCCCCACACCGAGUGAAGUCCAUCUCCAUGACAACAUUCACUGAACAGGAAAUUGAAUUCCUUCAGUUGCAUGGCAAUGAGGUGUGUAGGCAGAUUUGGCUGGGCCUCUUUGACUCUCGAUCGUCAGUUAUCCCGGAUUACAGGGAUCCACAGAAAAUCAAGGAAUUCCUGCAGGAUAAAUAUGAGAAAAAGAGAUGGUAUGUUCCUCCAGAACGGGUAAAGGUGUCUGCAGCCACAUCUGCUUCCACUUCCCUUAGCAGCAGGAGCAGCACACCAGAUGUCAAACCGCUGAAGACCCUCAUGGGAGAAUCGACUCCAGCCCUCAACGUCACAAAAAGUGCCAGCCAGGUUGCCAGCCAGGCACCGAUGCAGCAACAGAGUCAGCAGCCGGCAAAGAAGUCACAGCUGGAUCUCCUGGCGGACAUUGGAGGUGAUCCUUUCGCUACCCCAGCGCCCCAGCAUGCUACCACACAGGCCUUUGGGGCCUUUCCUGGCUUUGGAGCUCAACAGACUGCGCACCCGGGUUUCCCAGGCUUCAGUGCAUUCAGUGGCGGAGGUUCGGCUAACGUCGGAAACUUCCCACCGGCCAAUCAAGCCCCUUUCCAGGUUCAGGCCGCAGCAUCAGGUGGUUCGAGCAGCGCUAACUUUGCAAACUUUGAUACCUUCCCAAAAUCUUCCAGCAGUAGUUUCGGAUCCUUCACUAGCUCUCAGGCCACGUCUGUGCCCGCAAGUUCAACGGCUGUCACCGCCAGUAAACAGGCCGCCUCGCAAGCCGACAAAUACGCGGCGCUCGCGGAUUUAGAAAGCAUCUUUAAUGCCCCUAAGUCCACUUCAGCAGGCGGUCAGAUGUCCGGCUUCAGUUUCACCUCUGCGGCGUCGACUGGACAGCCUACAGUCUCAUCAAGCCAAUACACAGGAGCUGAGUACAGCAGCGUCUUCAGUAUGGGAGUGCCUUCAAAUAAUGCCAGUGCUGGCACUAGCAGUAUCUCUGGGACGAUGAGUGGGAGCCAAGUGCCUGCACAGCAAACUGGUACCACCAGUGCAUCCAGCUUUGGAGCUUUCAGUAACCCAUUCGCUGCCCCUUCUGCUGCACCACAAGCUGCUUCUACCAACCCGUUCCAGACCAACGGAAUGGCGCCAGCUCUGAUGUAUGGCGGAGCGCCGGCGGGGUAUGGACCUGUCCCAGCCGCCUCGGUCCCUGGGGGCUUUGCUGGAUUCCCGCAGCACCCCUUUGCGCAGCAGCAGCAACAGCAGCAGCAGCAGCAGCAGCAAGUCUUUGUUCAGCAGCAGGCCUACCCACAGCAGCAAGGCUACAGCCAGCAGCAGUCCUUCCUGCAACAACAAGCCUUUGCCCAGCAACACAACGGAGCUGGUUUUGGUGCCUUUGGGCAGCCCAAGGCGAUUCCGCGACUGAUGGGGCCAUUGAUACAAGGAGGUGGAGCGUCCAGCAACCCAUUUAUGACUGGUGCCCCACCUGGACAAUUUGCAGCAGGAAGCACAUCUACCAACCCCUUCUUAUAGUGACCUGCAAUGCUUCCAGCAUGUGGCUCUUCCAAAAAAUCCGCCUUAAACUACAAGAGUCGACCAACAGCUGUAACAUACUUUAUGCCAGUACACACAUUUCUAUACCUUGAGGGAGGGAGGGAAUGGGCUGGGGAGCAGAAGCAUUGAAGUAUUUCAAUAUUGUAAUUGUGC